CAGUCGGUCAGUCUGCCUGCUUCUUGGUUGACGGAUACUUGAGACCUGACAGUUUCGAAUGUGGUUUGUGAAUUGUAGUUAUUUGUGUUCGAAACUUCUGUGUGUGCUUUGUGUUGAAAAUUUGUGAUUCACAGUGAAUAAGGAUUUUAACUGAAGGGUAGCGUGGCGGUGGCAGGAUGACCACGGACAUAUCGAUGGUCCGCUGGGACCCCACCCUACAGCAGGAGUUGGUAGAUGACUACGAGUACGACGGAGGCAAUUCCUCGUCCAGGCUGUUCGAGCGAUCUCGUAUCAAGGCCCUCGCUGACGAACGUGAGAGCGUACAGAAGAAAACCUUUCAGAAAUGGGUGAACUCACACUUGGUGCGUGUGAACUCACGCAUCGGCGAUUUGUACGUCGAUUUGCGCGAUGGAAAAAUGCUGCUGAAACUAUUAGAGGUGCUGUCGGGAGAACGCCUACCCCGACCAACAAAAGGCAAGAUGCGCAUUCACUGCCUGGAGAAUGUAGACAAAGCGCUGCAGUUCCUGAGGGAGCAGAGGGUGCAUCUGGAGAAUAUGGGCUCACACGACAUCGUCGACGGCAACCCACGCCUCAGUCUCGGUCUCAUCUGGACCAUCAUUCUGCGCUUCCAGAUCCAAGACAUCACAAUCGAGGAGACCGACAACAAAGAGACGAAGUCGGCGAAGGACGCUCUGCUGCUAUGGUGUCAGAUGAAGACAGCCGGCUACCACAAUGUGAACGUGCGUAACUUCACCACAUCCUGGCGAGACGGGUUGGCGUUCAACGCCAUCAUCCACAAGCACCGGCCCGAUCUGCUGCACUUUGACAAGCUCAGCAAGUCCAACGCCAUGCACAACCUCAACACCGCGUUCACUGUCGCCGAGGACAAGCUGGGCCUCACAAAGCUGCUCGAUCCUGAAGAUGUAUUCGUGGAGCAGCCGGACGAGAAGUCGAUCAUCACGUACGUGGUGACGUAUUACCACUACUUCAACAAGAUGAAGCAGGAGACGGUGCAGGGCAAGCGUAUCGGCAAGGUGGUGGGCAUCGCGAUGGACAACGACCGCAUGGUCAGUGAGUACGAGCGCCUCACCUCCGACCUGCUGCUCUGGAUUCAGGCCACCAUCGACUCGCUCGGCGACCGCCGCUUUGCCAACUCACUCGUUGGCGUGCAACAGCAGCUCGCACAGUUCAGCAACUAUCGCACCGUCGAGAAGCCGCCCAAGUUCGUUGAGAAGGGCAACCUUGAAGUGCUGCUUUUCACACUGCAGUCGAAAAUGCGCGCUAACAACCAGAAGCCUUACACGCCAAAAGAGGGCAAAAUGAUAUCGGACAUCAACAAGGCGUGGGAGAGGCUGGAAAAGGCAGAACACGAACGAGAGUUGGCUCUAAGAGAGGAACUCAUCAGACAGGAGAAAUUGGAACAGUUGGCGGCUAGGUUCAAUCGCAAGGCGAGCAUGCGCGAGACAUGGCUGAGCGAGAACCAGCGGCUGGUGUCGCAGGACAACUUCGGAUGCGACCUGGCCGCAGUGGAGGCGGCCGCCAAGAAGCACGAGGCCAUCGAGACGGACAUCUUCGCCUACGAGGAGAGGGUGCAGGCCGUCGUCACCGUCAGCGAGGAGUUGGACGCCGAGAACUAUCACGAUGUCGAUCGCAUCAAUGCCAGAAAAGACAACGUGCUCCGGCUAUGGAACUACCUGCUGGAACUUCUGCGAGCUCGUCGACUCCGCCUGGAGUUGUCUCUCCAGCUCCAGCAGAGCUUCCAGGAGAUGCUCUACAUCCUCGACUCCAUGGAGGAGCUCAAGAUGCGUCUGUUGUCGGACGACUACGGAAAGCACCUCAUGGGUGUUGAGGACUUGCUGCAGAAGCAUAAGCUAGUUGAAGCUGACAUUAAUGUGCUUGGAGAUCGUGUCAAGGCGGUUGUGCAUCAGUCGCAACGGUUCUUGGAUCAGGAAACAACAGAGGGCUUCCGGCCAUGCGAGCCGACGGUGAUCGUGGAACGCGUGCAACAGCUGGAGGACGCCUACGCCGAACUGGUCAAGUUGGCCGUGGAGAGGAGAGCGCGUCUGGAGGAAUCGAGGAGGCUGUGGCAGUUCUACUGGGACAUGGCUGACGAGGAGAACUGGAUCAAGGAGAAGGAGCAGAUUGUCAGCACUGGAGACAUCGGCCACGAUCUCACCACCAUCAAUCUGCUGCUCAGCAAGCAUAAGGCGCUGGAAAGCGAGAUCGCCAGCCACAAGCCACAACUGAUGGCAGUGGUUGCUGUGGGUGAGGAGCUAGUGAGGCAGCAGCACUUUGGCGCCGACCGCAUCGAGGAGCGGCUGCAGGACACGCUGGCCAUGUGGGGCCAUCUCCAGGACACCGCCGCCUAUCGACGCAAGCGGCUCGAGGAGGCUGUCGACUUCCAUCAGUUCUUCGCGGACGCGGAUGACGUUGACAUCUGGAUGCUGGACACUCUGCGACUUGUGUCGAGCGAGGACGUGGGUCGGGAUGAGGCCAACGUGCAGUCACUGCUCAAGAAGCACAAGGACGCCACAGAUGAGGUCAAGAACUAUGCGGCCACCAUUGAGGCUCUGCACCAGCAGGCCAGCGAAUUGGGCGAACAGGACCGACAGGCUCCAGAAGUGGUGGAGCGACUGGCGUCGAUCGACAAGCGCUACAAGGAGCUGAUGGAGUUGGCCAAGCUGAGGAAGCAACAGCUGUUGGAUGCGCUCUCUCUCUACAAGCUGUUCAGCGAGGCAGACGGAGUCGAGCAAUGGAUCGGAGAGAAGGACCGCAUGCUGCAGACCAUGGUUCCUGUCAAGGACAUAGAGGACGUGGAGAUAAUGAAGCACCGUUACGAUGGCUUCGACAAGGAGAUGAACGCGAACGCGUCGAAGGUAGCCGUGGUGAACCAGCUGGCCAGGCAGCUGCUGCACGUCGAGCAUCCCAACUCGGAGGACAUCGUCGGCCGGCAGAACAAGCUCAACCACGAGUGGGCCGAGCUCAGGGAGAAGGCCGAGGCCAAGCGAGAGGAGCUCAGCUCUGCGCACGGUCUGCAGACCUUCCACAUCGAGUGUCGCGAGACUGUGUCCUGGAUCGAGGACAAGAAGCGCAUAUUGCAGUCUACUGAUAGCCUGGAAAUGGACCUGACCGGCAUCAUGACACUGCAGCGACGACUGUCGGGCAUGGAGCGUGACUUGGCCGCCAUCCAGGCGAAACUGGACUCGCUGGAGGCAGAGGCCGACGCCAUCGGCGGCGAACACCCCGAGGAGGCGGCCGCCAUCCGCGAGCGCAUCACACAGAUACAGGCCAUCUGGGACCAGUUGACUCAGAUGCUCAAGGAGCGCGACAGUAAGCUCGAGGAGGCCGGUGAUCUGCACCGCUUCCUCAGGGACUUGGACCAUUUCCAGGCCUGGCUGACGAAGACACAGAAAGACGUGGCAUCUGAGGACAUUCCCAGCUCGCUUGCUGACGCCGAGAAGUUGCUGAAUCAGCACCAGAGCAUUCGCGAGGAGAUUGACAACUACCGCGACGACUACACCAAGAUGAUGGAGUACGGCCAGCGUAUCACGGCCGAACCGAGCACCCAGGACGAUCCGCAGUACAUGUUCCUGCGAGAGCGACUGAAGGCCCUCAGAGAUGGAUGGGAGGAUCUGCACCAGAUGUGGGAGAACCGGCAACAGCUACUGUCGCAGUCACUCAAUCUGCAGAUGUUCAAUAGGGACGCACGCCAAGCCGAGGUGCUGCUGUCGCAACAGGAGCACAUCCUGAGCAAGGACGAGACGCCCGUCAACCUGGAGCAGGCAGAGAACCUGAUCAAGCGCCACGAGGCCUUCCUCACCACAAUGGAGGCCAACGACGACAAGGUCAACGCAGUCGUCCAGUUUGCCGGCCGGCUCAACGAUGAGAAGCACUUUGCUGCCGACAAGGUGAACAAGAAGGCCGAAAACAUAAACGAUCGACGAAACGUGAAUCGCGAACGAGCAAUCCAGCUCAUGGAGAAGCUGAGAGAUCAGCUCCAGCUGCAUCAGUUCCUACAGGACUGCGAGGAACUGGGCGAGUGGGUGCAAGAGAAGAACAUGACUGCGCAGGACGAGACCUACCGCAGCGCCAAGACAGUGCACAGCAAGUGGACACGACACAAGGCCUUCGAGGCCGAGAUCGCUUCCAACAAGGACCGGCUUGUCAGAGUGCAACAGAGCGGCGAAGAGCUGAUGAAAGAGAAGCCGGAACUGAAGGAGGUGAUCGGCCCGAAGGUUGGAGAAUUGCAACAGCAGUUUGACAAUCUGGAGACAGUCACGCGCGACAAGGGUGAGCGCCUGUUCGACGCGAACAGGGAGGUGCUGCUGCACCAGACUUGUGAUGACAUCGACACCUGGAUGAACGACCUUGAGAAGCAAUUCGAGUCACCUGACACCGGCAACGACCUGGCCUCAGUCAACAUACUCAUGCAGAAGCAACAGAUGAUCGAGACGCAGAUGGCAGUGAAGGCGAAACAGGUGACUGAGCUGGAGGCACAGACCGAGUACCUGGAGAAGACUGUUCCCGAGAAGGAGAAGAUCGACGAGAUCAAGGUGAAAAAGGCACAGGUAGAGCAGCGAUUCGAACAGCUGAAGGCUCCCCUGCUGCAGCGGCAACGUGCCCUGGAGAAGAAGAAGGAAGCAUUCCAGUUCCGCCGCGACAUCGAGGAUGAGAAGCUGUGGGUCGCCGAGAAGAUGCCUCUCGCCACCAGCCAGGACUACGGCAACAGUCUCUUCAAUGUGCACACGCUCAAAAAGAAGAACCAGUCGUUGGCAACGGAGAUCGACAACCACGAGCCACGCAUCCAUACAGUGUGCCACAACGGGCAGAAGCUGGUGGACGAAGGUCACGAGGACAGCGCUGAAUUCAGUGAGUUGAUUGCCGACCUGCUGCAUCGCUGGCAGCUGCUCAACGACGCAGUCAGGCAUCGCAACGCCCAGCUCGACCAGUCGGAACGAGCACAACAGUACUUCUUCGACGCAUGCGAGGCCGAGAGCUGGAUGUCGGAACAGGAGCUGUACAUGAUGGUGGAAGACCGGGGCAAGGACGAGAUUUCGGCUCAGAACCUGAUGAAGAAACACGAGGCGUUGGAGCGAGCCGUGGACGACUAUGCGGACACCAUUCGCCAGCUCGGCGAAACGGCACGACAUCUCACCUCCGAACAGCAUCCGCACAGUGAUCUCAUUGCUGUCAAACAAUCGCAGGUUGACAAACUGUACGCUGGCCUCAAGGAUCUAUCGGGUGAGCGCCGUGCCAAGCUGGAUGAGGCCCUUCAGCUGUUCAUGCUGAAUCGUGAGGUCAGCGAUCUCGAGCAAUGGAUCGCCGAACGAGAGGUUGUGGCUGGUUCUCACGAGCUGGGCCAGGACUACGAGCACGUGACCCUGUUGUGGGAGCGAUUCAAGGAGUUCCAACGGGACACGGAGGCGACCGGAAGUGAGCGGGUGAAUGCCGUCAACGCCAUUGCCGAUCAGCUGAUUGCCGCCUCGCACAGCGACUCUGCACUCAUUGCCGAGUGGAAGGAUUCGCUGAACGAGUCGUGGCAAGACCUGUUGGAGUUGAUCGAGACGCGGACGCAGAUGCUGGUGGCGUCGCGCGAACUGCACAAGUUCUUCCACGACUGCAAGGACGUGUUGGGUCGCAUCUCGGAGAAGCAGCACGCCAUGUCUGAUGAGUUGGGUCGCGAUGCCGGCUCGGUCAGCACCCUGCAACGCAAGCACCAGAACUUCUUGCAGGAUCUGCUCACGCUACAGUCGCAGGUGCAGCAAAUCGAGGAGGAGUCGGCGAAACUGCAAGCUUCAUAUGCCGGUGAGAAGGCGAAGGAGAUCACAAACAGGGAGGGCGAAGUGGUGGCCGCCUGGGCCGGCCUGCAGGCCAUGUGCGACGCGCGCAAGCAGAAGUUGGCCGACACCUCCGACCUGUUCAAGUUCUUCAACAUGGUGCGCACACUCAUGCUCUGGAUGGACGACGUUGUCCGCCAGAUGAACACCUCCGAGAAGCCAAGAGACGUGAGCGGAGUUGAAUUAUUGAUGAACAACCACCAGAGUCUGAAGGCGGAAAUCGACGCCAGGGAGGACAACUUCACCGCCUGCAUUUCACUCGGCAAGGAGCUGCUAUCACGCAAUCACUAUGCAAGCAACGAGAUCAAAGAGAAGCUUGUAAGCUUGAGUAAUCAAAACAACGCCCUCCUACACAGAUGGGAAGAACGCUGGGAGAAUCUCCAACUCAUCUUGGAAGUGUACCAGUUCGCGCGUGAUGCAGCCGUUGCAGAGGCGUGGCUUGUGGCACAGGAACCCUAUCUCAUGAGCUCCGAACUUGGCCACACAAUCGACGAAGUCGAGAACCUUAUUAAGAAGCACGAGGCUUUCGAGAAAUCGGCCACAGCCCAAGAGGAGAGGUUCUGCGCCCUUGAACGACUUACCACCUUUGAAUUGAAAGACCUGAAACGAAGAAAAGAAGAAGAGGAACGAAAGAGACAAGAAGAAUUGGCCGCCAAACAGGCAUCUCCCCCCACCUCACCCCACGAUGGUGGCGGAGAUAGGCCCGACGGUGAUACUUCAGCUGAAGGUGAAGCAGCCCUUAGUGAGAAGGAAGAUAGCAGAAAAGUGCAUGUUGGCGACAAACAGGAAGAGAAAGGAACGAAAGAGGAAUCAAAAGCGAAAGGCGCGUCAAAAGCAAUUCCGCCUCCCACCUCUUCUUCCGCUUCUAGGACUCUUCCUCCUUCUUCGAAAGUUGCCUCCUCUUCUACUUCUGCCGCUUCUAAAAGCGCUACUAUUGCUAGUUCCGGGGGUAGCCGCCAGAGCGCCAAGGACAAGGGGACGGGCGCCCGCAAGAAGGACCGCUCGCGCUCCAAGUCGCCGUUCCGCAGUUUCCGGUGGAAGAAGUCGCCCGCCCAAAAGAGCGCCCUGGGCGCCAACCAAUCGGCCACUUCCGCCUCGGACGACGAGGCCAACCUGGAGCGAGCCGCCUCAGAACGUCCUAGUUCAGCAGCUGAAGAGAACCAAUUGGAAGGCACCUUGGUCAGGAAACAUGAGUGGGAGGCCACCACUAAGAAAGCUUCCAACAGAUCAUGGGACCGCGUGUGGGUGGUGAUCAAAGGUGGCGAAGUGGCGUCGUACAAGGACCAGAAGAGUGCUAAGGCGACGCCCGAGGUCUACUUCAAGGGAGAGGCGCCGCUCGACCUGAGCGGAGGCAGCGCCGAGGUGGCCACCAACUACACCAAGCGCAAGCACGUCUUCAGGCUCAAGUUGGCUGGCGGUGCUGAGUACUUGUUCCAGGCGAAGGAUGACGAUGAGAUGCGUGCCUGGGUGAACGCCCUACAGACGGCAUGUCAAGGCUCGGCCGCCGCAGGGGGGUCGAGGACGUCGCAGACCCUCCCCGCACCCUCCAAGGACGAGCCCAAGCGACGCUCUUUCUUCACCCUCAAGAAAAACUAAAUCCAGUGAUCGGGUGAAGAAGUGCUGAGUGCUACAGUUAGCUUGUCAAACAGGAUUACAACUUUUCCAAUUCGUCAACAAAUAAAAAUCAAAUAAAAUGCUUGCACUUGAUCAGCCUGCUACGCAUUUUAUAAUCAAGCGGACGUUUUCAAUCAUUAUCAUUUAAUUAUAAAAAAUUAGAUUGAAAUAGUUGAACGUGUUUAUAACUUCUAAUAAUCAACUCUACUAUUUAUCGAAUACCUAGGUGCCGCCGUUUCACUACAAAAACUGCCAAUAUUUAUUCUGUUCUGGAAUUUUCUAGAUAUAAUGUGUAAUUUAUGCAUUACUAAUAAUGAUAAUACCUAUAUUAUUCUUAUUUCUGUUUGACUUAGCAAUUCAAUUGUAUUACUAUGUAUGUAAGAUGCCUUUCAGAUAAUACUAUAUCGUUAUGAUUAAUAUUAUUGUACAAUUAUAUAUGUUUUUUAUGGUAAUAACUAUUAUAUUGUAGCCAGAGAAGAGAAAUUGUUUAUAAAAGAGAAUUGAUAAUCUAGAUUUUUGGAUGGAGGAAGUAAUUAUUGAAAGCUUAUGUGACCUGUUUCUGAAAAAAGUAUAUAUUGCCUAUAAGGUAAUGAAUAAUUAUAGUAACCACCUUCAAAAUAGUUGAAAUGUUCUUGUUGUAUAGCUUGAACGUGUCAGAGACCCAUCCCACCAAUUCUAUCUUAAAUUAGAUUAAUUAUUUCAGUUCGAUUCUCUGCAAAUUUUAAUCUAAAAUAUAUUUUUAUGUUGAUGACGAUCGCAUUUUCUUUUAAGAAUUUGAAAAAAUAUUUUGUUUGAUGUCUCGUGGAAAUUUUUUAUGUUUUCAUUUUGAGUUCAUCAUUAUCUAUAUUUUACACAGUUUUCAUGUUGGAAAUCACUUUACUCUGUAUGCGUCUCACCAACAGAUUCAAAGUUAUUUCUUUUUUUUAGCAAUGACCGAGCUAAUUUUUAGAAUUGUUGUAAUCAUUCUUGUAGAGUUUAUUAUUGACCCAUUAAUAAUUUCUACUAAGCAGGCUUGCUGUGUUAUUGAACACGCUUGUGUAUUUGGUCGUGAAUAAUUAGUGUACUAUUAUGAUUGAAAAGUUCUAUUUUGCAACUCUAACGUAAGGUUCUAUCUAGAUAAAUCCUACAACUUUUAAAAGUGUUAAAAUUUCAGUCAUUUUUCAGUAUUAGAUCUAAUUAUUAACGAACAUUUUUUGAAAUUUUGACAAAAAUAGAGCUAGAGGUACUAGAAAAUUGUGGAUAGUACAACUCUUCCAGUACCAAGAAGCAAAUCUCGUCCUAUCUAGAAAAUAAUGUACCGUAAUUGAAACUACCGAUUCAAAAAUAAUAAUAAUAAUUGAAAUCGGACAUCACUUAUUUGAAAUUUCUAUAAAGCCACGCGCUAUACGUAACAAGUGCAACAUUAUAAUUAAUAGUAAUCACAAAUUCCAAUGAAUAUUUCCAAUAACUUACACUGAUUACCGUCGAAUGUUUGAAAUUUAAAUUUUGUAGGCAAAAUACGUAUUGUUAUCAUCAGUUUCUUCGAAUUAUUAUUUAUUCCGUUGACAAUUUAGUUAUAUUGUAAGCAGUCUUGUGAAGUCUUCAUUGCAUUGAAUUAAAUUUAAUGUGUGCUAUUCACGUUCAAUUUUUACAGAAAUAUUUAUCCAUUAUGCUUGUUAUUACUUCAUGCCAAUUAAUUAAUUUGGACUUUAAGGUUGAUUCUGUUAUUCGAAUACUGUCUUAUUGAAUCAAUCAUAUCUUCUUCCUCGAAGAAAAAUGUUUUGUAUCUAUUUUAUCUUUAAGAUUUAUUUUAAAUUAUUGCUUUCAACAUUUAAAAAAUUGAUUAUAAAUAUAGUGAUAUGUAAAAGAAUAAAUAGAUGCUUAUUGUUUGAUAAGCUA